AUGGUACCAACAGUCAAACAAACAGAAACCACAAAACAAACAACUGAAACAGGAUUUAACACUACAGUAAAACCUGUCUACACGUCCACUCCUUCACAAAACGAUGUGGAAAAGCCAUAUACAUCAAGCUCUUACAAUACCACCUCCUGGACCAGUGUGCCACCUGUCCUGUCCACAGAUAAACGGUGUAACUGCAGUGUGGAAGGAACGGUAAACCCUGAUGAGUGUGAUGCUGACAGCGGGCAGUGUGUGUGUGUGUCAGGCUAUACGGGUCUCCUGUGUGACGUGUGUGAUGAAGGCUACUUCACUAACGGGACCAUGGGCUGCCAGCCCUGUGCGUGCGACUCCUUUGGCGCAGUGGGUCCACGUUGUGACAGCUCCGGUGUAUGUGUGUGUAAGGCAGGUGUGUACGGGGACAAGUGUGAUGACUGCCAUCCUGGGUUUUUCCAUUUCAGUAACACAGGGUGCCAACCAUGCCAGUGUAACAAUCACACCCACUACUGUCACCCACAGUCAGGCGUCUGUGUAAACUGCCAAAACAACACUCGAGGUCCCAGCUGUGAGGAAUGCAAAUAUAAUUUUUACCGGACACCAGGUAGACCUCUGACAGAUGCCUGUACCCCUUGUCCUUGUUCCACCGUUACUUCAACAGGCAGUUGCUCUCUGGAUGCUAGUGGGCUUCCCAUAUGUGACCAGUGUAAUCCAGAGUACAAGGGGCCGAACUGUGAGCAGUGUCGUGAUGGUUUCUACAACGCUGACAGUAUCUGUCUGCCGUGUAACUGCAGCGGGAAUGCUGACCCCAGAACAUCACCUCGUCUGUGUCACCCAGAGACAGGUCACUGUCUGAGGUGUAUCAACAACACCACUGGACUGCACUGUGAACGUUGCACUGACGGUUUUACAGGAGACGCACUCAAACGCAGCUGCAAACCAAUUGUUCGUGUCCUCCCCUCUCCUUUGUCCACCACCAUGUCUUCGAGCAUCAAUGCCUCCACCACCCUCCACCCUCUGAACACGCCCACUGCUACCUCCACCACUCAGUCCCUGCUCACCAGCCUCGGAGGCCCCAGCAACAACAACAGCACCACGGCAACCAUCACCGAAGUGUCUUGGACACAGUUCAACGUCAUCAUACUGGCUGUCAUCAUCGUAGUCGUGGUGGCUCUGAUGGGCGUGGCAGGGGGCGUGUACAGUUAUCGGGAGUAUCAGAAUCGAAAGAUCAAUGCCCCCUUUUGGACCAUCGAGCUAAAGGAAGACAACAUCAGCUUCAGUAGUUACCAUGACAGCAUCCCAAACGCCGACGUGUCAGGACUCUUGGAGGACGAGCCCAGUGAGGUGGCAGCAAAUGGACAGCUGGCACUCACCAGCUCCGCUAACAUGUACAAGGCAUGACGUCACAUGACUUCCUAAACACACAAACCUUAACCCAAACUCUACACCACUCCUCUGAUUUUCACCCCACCCUCCACCCACGUUCGUGCCCACUCCAUGGACUCUGCAAGGGCUGGGUGGGAGAGGGGCGCAGUAAUGGG